UAAACUAACCCACAAGCAACGAGUCCGACGGAUUUUGAAAAGAAAAACAAUACCUAUGGACUCUGAUCUCGAUGUCUUCCUUCCCAGAGCUCGUUCCCACCUCUGUUUUUCUUUUUUUCAGACCCUGUUUCUCGACGAUCUUCAAAUUAACGUAAUAUACACUCUCUUCUUCAAUACCCCACCACCACCGACCCUCUCAAAAGUUUUGAUCAUCGUCUCUUUUUUGCUCUCUGGAUUCCCUUCUCCAUCGGCCAUUGUUGGUUUAAUUUUCUUCUUCAUCUUGUAACUAAAUAUGCAGUUCCAGUCUUUCCCUUGCACUUAUUUGGAAGAUUGCUGGACAGAUCUGUUGCUUUGUAGAUAUGAUGAUAUUUUCAUAUCUGAUUCUGAUUUUAAAUUUGGUUUUUCAGGGGGUUUUGGAUUCAUGUAUUGAUUGCUAUCACAUGGUAUGUACAUGUAAAUUGCUGUUCUAAUCUAUAGCCAAAGAGAUUAGAAUUGCAGUAGCAAAUACAAGAGAUGCGAAAUCAUAACUUUUUUCCUAAAUUUGGAGUGUGGAGGGGGAUGCAUGGCUUCCUCUUUUUACUGGGUAUCCUCGCUCUUCUCCUCAGUGUCACCACCUUAUCCAAGUUCUACUCUCGCACUUAUCUCCUUCAUCCUGAAACCUUCUGCAAUUACAUGAACCAUGACGGUCUAGGAGGAAAUGCAAACGAGAUGAGGAAGACCGUGGAUACUAUAGUCUGGAAGAUCCAAGAAGAGAUGAACGAGAUAAAGGAAUCCAACGCAGAGUUGUCCGUCUUGAGAUACAGCGCCUUCCUUGCAGACAUUUUGGGUCUAGUAGAGUCGGUACAGGAACAUUUACAGCCGAUGCCGAUCGAAGGAACCCAUCAACAAGAGAGUGGAGAUAGCGAGGUCCAUCCUCUGAUGAGGCCUACAGACAAGUCUGAAGAACCAGAGAAUUACUUCCUGGUGGAAGAGAUCCGGAAGUAUGUGAAGAUCAAGCCCAAUAGACUAGGCAAACAGAACUUCAUGGGAGCAAACGGAACCUUCACUAGCAUCGGCCAUGCUUGUUUCUCCAUGAAAAAGGAGCUGGAAGAGUACAUGGAUUACGACGUGGGUGACAUCUGCAAGGACGAUUGGAAACUUGCUCAGAGACUGAUGGUUCAUGGAUGCGAUCCAUUGCCCAGGAGGAGGUGCUUCGCAAGAGCCCCACAGCUCUACAGCAAACCCCUACCCAUCGAUGAGUCCAUGUGGAAGCUCCCCGACAACCGAAACGUCCGGUGGAGUCAAUACAGGUGCAAGAACUUCAACUGCCUGGUUAGCAACACCACUCGCAAAGGGUUCUUCAAGUGUGCAGAUUGCUUUAAUCUUGUCGAUCAUGAGAUGCCCAGAUGGAUUAAACCUGUCAAUUUGGAUCCGAAUUCAAAUCUGACGGCUGAUUUUCUUAUUCCUGAAGUACUAGAUAUUAAGCCAGGGGAGAUCAGGAUUGGAUUCGAUUUCAGUGUUGGGACAGGUACUUUUGCCGCCAGGAUGAGGGAGUUCAAUAUUACAAUAGUCUCUGCAAGCAUCAAUCUUGGGGCUCCGUUCAAUGAGAUGAUCGCCCUCCGGGGGCUCAUCCCUCUGUACUUGACUGUAAACCAAAGGCUCCCCUUCUUUGACAACACUCUCGACCUCAUCCAUACAACGAGAUUUCUUGAUGGUUGGAUCGAUUUUGUGCUCCUGGACUUCAUCCUGUACGAUUGGGAUAGGAUUCUGAGGCCCGGCGGUCUGCUCUGGAUCGACAGUUUCUUCUGCUUAAAGGAAGAUUUGAAUGAUUAUUUAAACAUAUUUAAGCGGCUGAGGUACAAGAAGCAUAGAUGGGUGGUUGUACCAAAGCUGGAUAAAGAUGAUCGAGAGGUGUUCUUUUCUGCAAUUCUAGAGAAGCCACCGAGGCCAUUCCGAUAAUCGCGUGUUGGGGUUGUAGAACUUGUUUAGCCAUUCAUUUUUUUGUUGCUCAAGGUUAAACAAAAAGGAAAUUUUUAUUAAACAUUAAUAACUCUGUUUUUAGAUUGAGCAACGAAGAGCUUUGCUUAAUUUCAACCCC